CUCCAAAGUCCUGCAAUGUACCACUUACUUACAGCAGGGUAUCUCCAUGGCCUAUGCGAACAUAUCCCAGCUCAAAACUUCGCAGAGCAAGCCUUCCUCUCGAAUUGAUCGCUAAUAUAUUAACUUAUGUAAUCAAUCAUUCCUAUUUACACUCUCCUCCCUCCGAGCCAGGGAGAGAUAAGAGGAACAGAGUCCAACACAGAAGAACAUCAUCAUCAUCACAUCAGGGGUCAGAUCCAGGCCAAAAGAAAGGCGCAAAAGUUGCCAAGGACAAGCGAGAAACUCGAAGCGGGUCGUCAUCGCUAUCAUAAUCAAAUCAUGUCAUUGCGAAUGGAGAGGGUCGUCAGUUGUCAGUUCCGUUCCGUUUGUCAAGUCGAGAUCCAGCGGGUAGCAGCAGCAGCAGCAGCAGCAGCAGCAAGAAGAUGUAGGCGAAGUCGAAUUAAGAGAGAGGGACA